AUGGGCGAUGGCCGAGCUCAUGGGGAGCCCGGCGGCGCUUCGGAGGGGAGGGCGCAGUCGGAGGUGCGUGCCGCCCUCGCCGGGGAGACCCGCGUCCGAGAGGAGGCCCUGCCGGAGCUGCACUACCUGCGUCUCGUGCUCAAGGAGACGCUCCGGCUGCACCCGGCGGCGCCGCUGCUGCUCCCGCGGGAGUGCCCGGAGUCCCGACAUGUCCUCGGCUACACCGUGCCCAAGGGCGCCAUGGUGCUCGUCAACGCGUGGGCCAUCGGCCGGGACGCGGCGACCUGGGGCGCCGACGCCGAGGAGUUUAGGCCGGAGAGGUUCGAAGAGGAGGCGGCGCUGGACUUCAAGGGAACCAACUUCAAGUUCGUGCCGUUCGGCGCCGGCCGGAGGAUGUGCCCUAGGAUCGCCUUUGGCCUUGCGGUCGUGGAGCUCGCACUGGCCAGCUUCCUCUUCCAUUUCGACUGGGAGCUCCCCGCCGGUGGGCUGGAUAUGGAGGAGCAGCUCGGGGUCACGGCCAGGAGGAAGGGCAACCUCUGGCUGCAUGCCACAAUCCGCGUGCCUGCUCCUGUGCCUGCACUAUAG